UCGGACAAUGUGUUCGCGUUUAGUCGUGACCGAGCUUAAUCAUUACGAGGUACUCGUCAUCGUUAAAUAUUUUAAUAUAUUGUAUUAAAUACCCAACAAAUUUGGCCGCUUAUGCUUGAACACAAGUUUAUCAGUUGUUGAUAUUCACUGUUUAUUUUCUCUUUACCUUCCCUGCAGAAUCGCGUGUCUUAGUUAACAUGAAGAAUAAUUGAUUCCACGAUCGUAUUUUUGCAGUAUAUUUUUGUGCAGGUACAUAGUUACCAGGCUUGACGUGAUGUGAAAAACCAAAAGAUAUUUAUUGUCCAAUCUGCAGCCAAUCUUCCUUUACCGCGACGAUGACGCUGCGACGUCACCUGGCGUUAGCCCUAUGUCUCACCCUGUUUUGCCUGAUAGAAUGGACCUACGGUGGCAAGUUGAAGAAAAAGCAGGAUACGACGAUGAUGAAGUUCAUCAAGUUACUAUUCUACAGGCUGAUUUACGGUUUCGCCAAUAUGAUCGGCUUGGGAGACGCUGCCGAAGAAUUCGGCGGCGGAGUGCUGGCCCCUCCGGAUUACCGACAGGAAGACGCAGAGGACGACUAUUACGACGACAAUAAUAACGACGAUUAUUACAGUAAUUACGGAGCAUAUUAAUGCCGAGACGAGCCCACCGCUACGCUUAUCAUCACAUGUUUAAAUUUAAUUUAUAAAAUAUUAAUUAUAAGAUGUACUGCAGUAGUGUCUGAUCAACAAUUAAAAUUACUAUACCUAUAUACUUUGUUCGCGUCGAGUUUACGUUUAUCGUGAAAAACGAUGUCGUAAGCCACCAACAAGCAGUAAAUCUAUUUUUUUUUUUGUAAAAAUCGACUUUCGGGUGUCUGUCGAUAGGUAUUCUCUAUCGGUUCCUGCAUGUGAUAAAAAUUGAGCUUUUCUUAUUAGAAAUGCAUUUAUAGACAGAUAAGAAAAUAACAAAAAGCAGUAAGUGAUU